AUGGCAGCAAAGGUUACGACAAAGAAUCUCUAUGAUGCUGCAAAAAAUGGAGAUGUAGCAACAUUGGAAGAUUUGAUGCAACAAGAACCGAAUCUUGCUGGUGAAGUUUUAUAUGCACGCUCACGAAAUGUUCUACACAUAGCAGCGAUGCAUGGGCAAGGAGGCAUCGUUGAGGUGUUGAGUUCCCACCGACAGCUAGCUCGAGAUGUUGACUCACAAAAUUCGACACCACUUCACAUUGCAGCUGCACAAGGGAGUCUUCAUGUAGCCUUAAAAUUGAUAUCAAUGGCCCCUGAAACAUGCCUGUGGCGAGACUGUCAUAAUAUGAACCCGCUUCAUAUUGCAGCCGUCAAUGGACAUAUCAAUAUCUUGCAAAAGCUGCUUGAAACCAACUCAUCUCCUGUUGUGGAGAGGGUGCAUCGCGGAGAGACCGUGCUGCACUUGUGCAUCAAAUACAAUCGUUUGGUUUCGUUGAAGUUUUUGGUGGAGAAAUUCAGGGAGCUUGUGUGUGCAAAGGAUGAUGAUGGCGAGACAGUAUUGCAUUUGGCUGUUAGAUUUAAUCAACUCCAGACCAUCCGAUACUUGGUGAAGCAACCUUAUAUAGAGAAGAAGGCACAUAAUUCCUUGGGCAAAACAGCCCUGCAAAUCUUGAAUGAGAUCCCACACACACCUCGCUACUCAGACAUGGAAAAACUCUUGAAGAUUCGAUCAACACAAAAAAUAUCAAACGUCUUCCCCAACCUGACCGACACGACAAUGGUGGUGGUGGUUCUGAUAGCCACCAUGGCCUUCCAGGCUGCUGUCAGCCCCCCGGGCGGGGUGUGGCAGGAACACACGGCAUCACACAAGGCCGGCGAUGCAGUGAUGGCAUCAACUCAUCCCAAACUAUACAAACAGUUCGUCCGUGCUAACACCAUAGCUUUCGGUUCAGCAAUCAUCACAAUCUUCCUCAUCACAACCCGACAGCCAUCCGGACGCAUUGUUUUCCUACUCAUCUCCUUGUUCACAAUGUGGCUAUCACUCGCAUCUAUUGCACUCAGCUACGGAGCUUCUAUAAUGGUCAUCUCUCCCAAUAUGGAAACACAAUCACUUGUUCCUGUAAUCAUCGUAGUCGUCGUUGUGUCACUAGGCAUCAUUGGAUUCAUAUAUGUGUAUAGUAUUAUACGAGAAUGGUUCUUACGUCGCGAUACAGCUCUCCCACGAUCUCAUACAUCAAGCGAUAGAGUCAUCAACAAUGUUGGCCGCGUUUUACGAUCGUCGGGGCCCAAAACCUAG